CCUUAGGGCCCCUCCCACCCCCACUCCAGAUAAGGCCAGCCUGGGACUGCUUCCCUGGGCAGUAGGCACUAGGGCUGGAAUGGGGCCGUCGGGCUCCCCAUGGCAAUGGGGGCUGCUGCUGCUGGGGCUGCUGCUCCCCUCUGCCACCCCCUUCUGGCUUUUCAAUGUGCUCUUCCCCCCGCAUACCACGCCCAAGGCUGAGCUCAGUAACCACACACGGCCCGUCAUCCUCGUGCCCACAGUGCCUGGCUGCCUGGGGAAUCAACUGGAAGCCAAGCUGGAUAAACCAGAUGUGGUGAACUGGAUGUGCUACCGCAAGACAGAGGACUUCUUCACCAUCUGGCUGGAUCUCAAUAUGUUCCUACCCCUUGGAGUGGACUGCUGGAUAGAUAACACCAGGGUUGUCUACAACCGCAGCUCUGGGCGCGUGUCCAAUGCCCCUGGUGUACAGAUCCGUGUCCCUGGCUUUGGGAAGACCUACUCUGUUGAGUACCUGGACAACAACAAGCUGGCAGGUUACAUGCACACACUAGUGCAGAAUCUGGUCAACAACGGGUAUGUGCGCGAUGAGACAGUGAGGGCCGCCCCCUACGACUGGCGGCUGGAGCCGAGCCAGCAGGAGGAAUACUACCAGAAGCUUGCUGGGCUGGUGGAGGAGAUGCAUGCUGCCUAUGGAAAGCCUGUCUUCCUCAUUGGUCAUAGCCUUGGUUGCCUACACUUGCUCUAUUUCUUGCUGCGCCAGCCCCAGGCCUGGAAGGACCGCUUCAUUGAUGGAUUCAUCUCUCUUGGGGCUCCUUGGGGGGGCUCCAUCAAGCCCAUGCUGGUCUUGGCUUCAGGUGACAACCAGGGCAUCCCGAUCAUGUCCAGCAUCAAGCUGAGAGAGGAACAGCGCAUAACAACGACCUCCCCCUGGAUGUUUCCCUCCAGAGAGGUAUGGCCUGAAGACCAUGUGUUCAUUUCCACGCCCAGCUUCAACUACACAGGCCGUGACUUCCAGCGCUUCUUUGCAGACUUGCACUUUGAGGAAGGCUGGUACAUGUGGCUACAGUCACGUGACCUACUGGCAGGCCUCCCAGCACCUGGAGUGGAAGUAUACUGUCUGUAUGGAGUGGGCCUGCCCACACCCAACACCUACAUCUUUGACCACGGCUUCCCCUACACAGACCCCGUGGGGGUACUCUAUGAGGACGGUGACGACACUGUGGCCACACGCAGCACUGAGCUCUGUGCCCGCUGGCAGAGCCGCCAGCCACAGCCUGUGCAUCUGCUGCCUCUGCAUGGGACACAGCACCUCAACAUGGUCUUCAGCAACCAGACGUUGGAGCACAUCAAUGCCAUCCUGCUGGGUGCCUACCGACGUCGUACCCCUACACCCCCAGCUGCCAGCCCAGGGCCCCGGCCCCCUGAAUAAAGACCCUCUUUUGCUCUUUAA